AUGCCGCUGCUGAGAGGACCGAGCGACAUGCAAGCCCUGAAGAUGACCUGUCUUCUGUCUCUUCUUCUCUUCGUGCCGUUACAACAGACUGCAUCCGCAGCUGUUCCGGCACCACAGGCAGAGCUAUCAGAAGACAACCCUGCCCUGGUGGAUAGAGUUAUCGACAGUGUCCUCACAGACAAUGGUGAUGAGCUGGACAGUGCCCUGAGAGAAGUCAGAGGCCGCUUGGAUGAACAAGAAGAAUAUGCCAAUUCCAAUACUGAAGAUGCCCAGGUCAACGGAAAAGAGAAAAAGAACAUCUUUACGUCUCAGUUAAAGGAGAUGCUGGACUCUGUGUUGAGCCCAAAUGAUAAGAAACAUGAGACAAAAGCGGAGUCGUCACUACAUGAGGAAACCGACGAAAAGUCUACUUCUGGACAAAACAUACAAGAUGUUACCGAGAAGAGGAACACUGGGUUGGAUUCGGAAAAAGAACAGGAUGCCAAUGGGAAAGAGAAGAAGACCAUCACAACGCCACAGCUAAAGGAAAUUUUGAAGAAUGUCCUGGACCACAACACCUUGAAUCAUCCGUUAGCAGGGGCCAAGCGUGACCAAAGCACGGCAGAAGAAACAAUGCACGUUGCAGACAACGCUGUUGAGACGAUACCUGUUGCAGAAAACAUGGUUGGUUCCGGUCCUAACACACACGAGAAGAAGAGUGCAAAAGUCUUCUUGGCUCAGGCUGCGAAGGACAUCGGCACAAAGUAUCAGUUGAUGAUCUCAUCAGGUUGGACGUUUGGGACCGCACAUAUAUGA